AUGAACGGUUCAAACAAAAAGCUUCGUCUUAUAGAAAUAAUAUAUGCCAAGAUCAUUGCACGCAGCAUUGAAAAGAAAUUUGACCUGUUUUGUUGCGGGUGUAAGGUUCGUGACCAGGACUGUUUAAUGUUGAAUGAGUUUGAAAAAUGGGAGAUGUAUGGUCUUGAUGCUAUAGAGGAAGCUGGAACUAGUUACGCCGCCUGGCGUGAAUUUGCCGGUGUUAUUGAGAUUUUGAAUGUUCCGUUUGAGAAAUAUUUUACGGAACACUUGUUGAGCUUGGAAGAGAACCCUAAUCUUAUGCUAAUUGGAUCAUUAUUUAAAGAAUACCGAGACAAUCAAGCAUUAAUUGAAGUCCUGUGCGAUUUGUCUGAUCCUAAAGCAGAUCCAUUGGAACCUGUUGCAGAGUGCCUCUCGGUAGCCCCCCUACCUUUAUAUAUUAUGUUAGAGGAAAGGGGGAAAAGUUCUGGAGCAAGGAACAAGAUGAACAAAAGGCAAAUCAGAACUAUCUCAAAGAUAAACUUCGGGAACAUUUUAAUAAUUUGUAAAAUAUACUUUUAGUUAAUAAACAAUUUUUAAAAAUAUAAUGUUUUAGGAUGAGGGCUAUUUGUUUGAAAAGGCCAUAACUGCAUGGAGAGCUACGAAACAGCCUCAUCCUCGGUGUGGUGGACAAACAAAUUCAUAAACAAUUUUGCUAAUAGCUUGAACAUUUAAUAUGUGUUAUUUUCAAAACUGUUAUAAAGAUUAGUGUUAAUAAAAAUGUUUAUUCGAAAUUGUUUAAAGAUUACUUAAAAAGUCUAAAUUCAUAUUAUCCAAAAAGUCCAGGCUGUUUGGAUCGUUUAGGAAAUCCAGGUCAGCAUUACUGAUCAUUGGUAGUUCCGGCGACUGUUGUGUGCUUUCCUGGGUUCUUUGCUCGGUUUCUCGAGGUGUUUCCUGGUUUUGUUUGCCUUCAUGAAGGCGAGAAAUUCGCUGAGGAAUGUAGGAUUUCUUUGUUCUGCAUAUCCCCAGAAGGCCUCUAGUCUUUUUGUUUUGUUUUUCUUGUCCAGUCGUAUUUUUCGUUGCCUUUCUGCCUCUUUUUUCUUGUCUUUUCCCGUAGCUUUUCCAAUUCUUGUUGUUGUCGACUUGUUGUUGUUUGCGGGAUUCUCGCCGUUUUGUGUGUCCACUUGUUUGUUUGCUGCUUGCACUUUUGGAAAAUGAGACAAAAUUUCCUGACUACACAUUUUUUAGCGUCCCUUCGCGUGUAUGAUACAAUAGAGGGAUUAAGAUUGAUUUACUAUAAUUGGUUGCUUGAUUUAACGAGCGUCUCUAUAAAAAUCGGCAAGCGUCGAAGGUCCAAGACCGAUAUGUCAACAUGGAAUGGUGUGCUGUGAACGAAAAGUCAAGAAAGAUGGUCCGAAUCAAAACCGUCUGUUUUACUGCUGUCCGAAGGAAGAUUCUUGUGGUUUCUUCGAAUGGAAGCAACAAGGCCCUCGGGUGACCAACAAUGGCAUCGUGCUCUUCAGUAAUCCACUACAAUACCAGUACAUGAUUGAAGAAACAGGAGAGACAUUUAAUAGUUCUAAAUCUAACACUAAGGAGGCCUAUGAUGAAUUUCGUAGAUUUGGUUUAACAAGUGAACUUGAUAAAAUAGACCUCUUGUAA